AAACCGGAGAAGUAAAUAUAGAACGUGCCCCCUUUCAGCAUCCAAACGGAGUGUGUAAUUGCCAUUGGAUGGGGAUAAAGUUCGGAUGACCGCCUUGUUCCGUUCCGGCGUUUGUAUGGGGAUGAAGACACGCAAUCAAGUGUUCAACUUCCUCUCCCUCUCCCCGACAACAAGCCUUUCCCUCUUUUUUUCUUCUUUCUUUAUAUAAUGUUCUCUGCUUGAUUACUUUCCUUUCAUUAGGUGACUUUUUUUUAUCUUCAAAUAUCUCGCGUACUUGAUUUGCUGAGAAUGUCCUCAUCUUCUUCGCCGUCUCUCCGAAAAAGAGGCGGAAAGAAGGAGACCACCCCUGGGCCUUCGGACGAUAUCUCCUCUCCUUUUCCUCCCAACCGGGGUGCAACCCCCAAGCCGCAGUCAGAAUGGGAUUAUCGGCUGGCCAUAACAAUUCUGACUGUGCUGGCAUUCAUCACCCGGUUCUGGAACAUUUCUUACCCCAAUGAAGUCGUGUUUGAUGAGGUGCACUUCGGAAAGUUUGCCUCGUACUACCUGCAGCGCACGUACUUCUUCGAUGUUCACCCUCCGUUCGGCAAGCUUCUCUUCGCCGCGGUGGGGUGGCUUAUCGGCUAUGAUGGCCACUUCUUGUUUGAAAACAUUGGCGAUUCGUACAUCGACAACAAAGUUCCCUAUGUCGCUUUUCGCGCUCUCCCCGCGACCCUCGGCGCGCUGACAAUCCCUAUUGUUUUCUUGAUUAUGUGGGAGUCGGGAUACUCGUUGCCCGCUUGUGUUCUGGCCGCGGGCCUUGUAUUGUUUGACAAUGCGCACAUUGGUGAGGACAGGUUGAUCCUACUGGAUGCCACUCUGGUCAUCACCAUGGCUCUGAGCAUCCUGUGCUACGUUCGCUUCUACAAGCUGCGCCACGAACCCUUUGGCCGGAAAUGGUGGAAAUGGCUGCUGUUGACCGGUGUGUCUAUGAGCUGUGUCAUCUCCACCAAGUAUGUCGGUGUUUUCACUUUCGUGACCAUCGGCGCCGCGGUCAUGAUCGACUUGUGGAAUCUGUUGGAUAUCAGGCGUCCCACCGGCGCUCUCAGCAUGGUGGAGUGGACCAAGCAUUUUGUAGCCCGCGGCUUUGCCCUCAUCGUGGUUCCCUUCUUCUUUUAUCUGUUCUGGUUCCAGGUCCACUUUGCCAUCCUGACCCGCUCCGGGCCCGGUGACGACUUCAUGACCCCCGAAUUCCAGGAAACCCUAAGCGACAACGCCCUCGCGGCCGAAGCGAUCGGAAUCCAAUAUUAUGACGCGAUCACUAUUCGCCAUAAGGAUACUAAGGUCUUCCUGCACAGCCACUGGGAGACGUAUCCCCUCCGCUAUGACGAUGGGCGUAUUUCCAGUCAGGGCCAACAGGUGACGGGCUACCCUUUCAAUGACACCAACAACCAAUGGCAGAUCCUUCCCACAGUACCGCUAGAGGACAACGAUGGCGAGGGCCACAGUGUGCGCAAUGGUGAUCUUGUCCAGCUUCUGCACUUGGGUACUGACUCGAUUCUCCUAACCCAUGACGUUGCAUCCCCCUACUACCCGACCAACCAAGAGUUCACGACGGUGACCAAGGAUGUGGCCGCUGGUGAGCGUCGCAACGAGACCCUGUUUGAAAUCAGGAUUGAGAAUGGCAAGGCAAAUCAGGAAUUCAAGACUCUGUCGAGCCACUUCAAACUGAUCCAUUAUCCCACCCGAGUGGCCAUGUGGACUCACACGACUCCUUUGCCUGAGUGGGGCUUCAAGCAAGCCGAGAUCAACGGUAACAAGAACGUGCUUCAGGCCAGCAAUCUGUGGUUUGCCGAAUCGAUCGAGUCGUUAGAGGAAGACAGCCCUCGCAGGCAGAAGGAAGAGCGCCAAGUCAAGCAUCUGCCGUUCCUUCGGAAGUAUCUGGAGCUCCAACGGGCCAUGUUCUUCCACAACAAUGCUUUGACUAGCAGCCACCCGUACGCGAGCGAACCCUUCCAGUGGCCCUUCCUCCUGCGCGGCGUCAGUUUCUGGACCAAGAACGAUACUCGCGAGCAGAUCUAUUUCCUAGGUAACCCAAUCGGUUGGUGGAUUGCUAGUAGUCUGUUGGCUGUUUUCGCUGGUGUGAUCGGUGCCGACCAACUUUCUCUCCGGCGUGGUGUUGAUGCCGUUGAAGAAAUUUGGGGACUUGGCGCCCGUUCCCGUCUGUACAACAGCACCGGCUUCCUGUUCCUCUGCUGGGGAGCCCACUACUUCCCCUUCUGGUUGAUGGGCCGUCAGCGGUUCUUGCAUCACUACCUACCCGCUCAUCUUGCCUCCUGCCUAGUAACGGGCGCUCUGAUUGAGUUCAUUUUUAACCUUCAGCCGGUCCCCGCGCUGAGACCCGUUGAUAGCGACGCUGAUCCGUCGGGCAAGUCUAAGGCUGCCGGUCCCCGUCAUUUUGUCACGGCCAAGGAGCGGAUGAGCCGUAAGUCGCUUGUUGCCGGCUGGAUCGCCACCCUUUCUAUCCUGACUGUUACCGUCUGGGGGUUCUGGUUCUAUGCCCCCUUGACGUACGGUACCCCAGGCCUAGACGUUGCGGGCGUAAACGCACGUAGAUGGCUAGGCUAUGACCUCCACUUCGCCAAAUAAGCGACGUUUACUCCCUGGCAUGUCACCAGUAUCUGGCAGAAUGUCAGCCUCCUGAAGCCGAGUACCCAUGUGUACCCCAUAUGGCAUACCCAUGUUAUGUAAGAUAGUGAAUGAGAGCUGUUGAAUCACGAUGAUUUGUAAGCUUCGCAUGGGCCAUGAGCAGAAGUGACCCGAGGCCAACGCGGUUACGUUGUGGAAGCGGUACUCUUUUGGGGGCUCGUUCGAGUC